AUGGGCACCAAGGACAAGUCUGAUACACUCGAGGCCCAUGUUUUGGGUGUUGAAGAACUCAGCUUCAAACACGAGACCGUUCGCACCUAUCAUCUGCUAGAGCACGAGCUCACCAUCAAGGACGCCUUCAAUCGUCACCCAGCCCUCAUAUGGUGGUCAUUCUACUGGCUAGUGGCUGGUGUAGGCUGGGGCUUUGAUGCGCAAGUCAACGGUGGGAUGCUUUCGGUCGAGUCGUUUCGACGGGACUUUGGAUACAUCUACGAUAGGGAAGCCGCUUUACCUGCGGAUUGGCAAACUGCGUUUAAUACCGUCUCGUCUGUUGGACAAUUCUUCGGCGGUUUCCUAUGUGCGUGGUUGGCCGACAGGAUUGGCCGAAAGCGGGCUUUGUUCGUGGGUGUUGCUAUUGUGACUGCCGGGAUUUUAGGGGAAAUUUUUUCGACUGCUAGAGCAGCUUUUGCUGUCUCUAAGCUUAUACUUGGUUUUGAUUUGGGGUUCUACUUGACCCUAGCCCCUUUGGCUACCUCCGAGUGUGCGCCAGUUGUCUUCCGAGGAGGCAUCUCGACUGCUGGCUUUCGGAGAAUGGACAUCCCGCUGGGCAUACCAAGCUCCCUUUGCUACGCAACUCUUUAUCUGCGCUUUUCUCUUGGUCUUCUUCCUUUUGCUCCGGAGACGCCAUGGUGUCUCGCUCGAGUAGGCAAGCGAGAAGAAGCCAAGCGAUCUCUCUGCAAGCUUUACGGUUCAGGUGUAGAUAUUGACGCGAAAUGGGUUGCUCUCGAGGCUACUAUUGUGGAGGAGGAAGCUGCGAAAUACCAGCAAGGGUCCAUUAUUCAAUGUUUCCGAGGAACCGACCGUAUCCGAACCGCAAUCAGCACGGGCGUUUUUGCUUGCCAGCACUUUGUUGGUAUUAUUUUUGUUACGGGAUAUUCCACCUACUUCUUUCAGUUGGCUGGCCUGCCCCCUAGCAAGAGUUUUGAUCUAGGAGUUGGUGUUACUGCUUGUGGUCUUUUGGGUAACAUCUUCAGUUGGUUCAUUGUUAACUCCCUUGGCUGCCGCAAAAUAUUUACCAGCGGCAUGGUGCUCAUGACCACCAUUCUUUUUUUUAUUGGUAUUCUAGACGUCAUCCAUACCAGUGCGGCUAAGUGGGUUCAGGCGGCUCUGACUGCCAUCUAUGCCUUCGUCUACUUUACUUCGCUUGGAGCCAUGGCCUUUACCAUCGUCGGCGAAGCCAGCAGCACCUCCCUCCGCGCCCCAACCAUGGCGUUGGCAACCGGUACCCAGGCCAUCAUGGGCAUUAUAUUCAACUUUACUAUUUAUUACAUGAUUAAUCCAGAUGAGGGUCAUCUUAGGGGCAAAGUCGGUUUUAUAUUUGGAGGGCUGGCAACCAUUGCCACGGCAUGGAGUUUCUUCUACAUCCCAGAACUCAAAGGCCGUACAUUUUGA